UUACGUGUUUGUGCGAUACGGAAGGAGACUAGACGACACAGUGAAAGGUACCAUUAUCAUUCAGAAUGACCACCGGGAACGGGAAGGACGAUUUCGUCCCUUACUCUCCCCUUCCCUCAAACCCUAAUCCCAUCCCUUACAAUUACCAUUCUUACCCUUCUUAUUCCCCACCUCAAAACGUCGUCGUUCUUCUCCCCCGCUACCACCCCGACACCACCUCCCGCCGCCGCCGCCGCUGCCUCUGCUACUCCGCCUUAUUCUUCCUCUUCAUCAUUCUCGCUGUCGCCGUCUUCUUCAUCUACCCCUCCGACCCGGACAUCCGCCUCGCUCGGAUCCGCCUCAACCGGAUCGGCAUCCGAGCUGACCCGAUACCGGUUCUCGACGUGUCCUUCUCCGUCACCGUUAAGGUUCGUAACAAGGACUUCUUCUCUGUAACUUAUGACCGCCUCUUUGUUUCCAUUGGGUACCGCGGCCGCCAGCUCGGGGUGGUGGAAGCCGCCGGAGGCAAGAUCAAGGCGCGCGCCUCGUCCUACGUGGACGCCACGCUGGUCAUUGAUGGGUUCGAGGUGAUCUACGACGCUUUCUACUUGCUUGAGGAUCUUGCUAAGGGUGUUAUCCCCUUCGAUACACAAACGCGCGUGGAAGGGAAGCUAGGGUUGUUCUUCUUCGAUGUUCCGUUGAAGGCAACUGUGUCAUGUGAAGUGUAUGUGAAUGUGAAAAACCAGACAGUUGCUCGUCAAGACUGCUAUCCUGAGUCACUGGGUGAUAAGCUGGAUCAAAGCACAAAUGUUGGAGCUGAAGAUGCAUGACUCCGUAGCAAUCUUUAGCAUGCUCUGUUCAUAUCACGGUGGUGUGUUCUGUUCCUUGCAUUAAUUUUACCAGGAUGUAUAAUUUUGAAUAUGAUUGACACAUGACACACACCCUUGUAAAUUCUGAUUGACCAAAAAUUACUUUGUUAUGUACGUAUGAGGUAGAUGAGAUAGGAGCUUUGUUAGUCCAGUGAUUGAGAAAUAAAUUAAUUGGUUUUCCUGAUAAAACUACGAAAGAAUGUGUUUUCAGCAA